AUAAAAGUUUGGCGCGACCGUCGGCACCGGUGUUACCUUUUGUUUACGUGUUCCGGUACCGGUCGUAAAUGCGCACCGUGGUUUUAUCGUUGCGUGGUCUUGAUUUUGUUGUCUAUGUGAAAGAAAUAAACAAAAUGGCGUCCCUUUCAUAACAGAAUCGCGUUUGUUUUUGUUUUACCGUGAAGAUCUUUACACACAAUUACAGAGAAUCUGUUAUGAUAUGUUUGGUUAAUAAAGUAAGUAACGUACUACGCUUUAGUUGUUGUUCUCUUCCAUGUUAAUGUUAUUCAAGAUUCUUGGUUGCUUUUUAUGUGAGUAACUUGAACUCGUAUUACCUAGUAGGACGGCACGUCAUAUGACUCCGCGUAGCUAGCAUUUAACUUUCGUUUUCCGAAUGUCAAUAAAAUUUAGGGAUCCUCAAUGAUCGUAAACAUUAGUAGUAAUUGCAAAUUUAUAAAUAGUUAUUGCUUUACAAGAAUUGACGGCUGUCUCUUGGGUGUUUGUUAUCUCAUGCCUAAACAGAGUUUAGUUAGCUAUAAACAAGAUUGACUCUGGGAUCUCAGGGUGGAUUGGAUACAGUGAAGGAAUUCCCUCUAUCAUUUUUAACCCAACAGUGAAAUUAGCUGCUGUUAAAAUGGAUCUUAAUCUUGUAGUCAACCAUGAGUCCAUUUCACAGAAUGCAGAAAAUAUCGUAGGAGUUGAAGACAAUAGACUUGCGGCUUGCGAAGUUUCUGCAGAGCACACUUCAGAUUAUAUUGAAAGAAAAACAAAAGAGGAAAAUGUCCCUGUACCUGAACCUGUGGAAAAUAUAAGUAGUGUGAAUGCAGCGGAGGUUUUGCAGAAAGAGUUUUUUUUAGUUUUUAAUACUUUUAAAGAUUUUGAUCGUUCGUUUAAAGAAUACCAAAAGAACACAUUGACUUCUUUUUGUACCUCGCAUAAUACCAAAAACUUUUCAAAGGAAGUUACGCUUGAAGAAAUUUUGCAAGAUCGUGCUAAAGAGACAGUAUCUGGGUUGCCGUCGAUUCGUUGGGAAUGUCAGACGGGUGGUCUAGUGGUACCUUUCCUGGGAUUUCCCUUUAUAUCUGUUGGUCAUUCUAAAUAUGAUUGCAGUCAAGGAAGAGAUCUUAACGUCGCGGAAAAGAUGAGGUGGAGGAAAGAUAGAGAAAAUAAAAGUAAAAUGGGUGUGUAUACACCUACCCGUCAACUUUCUCGACCAACGAAAAAGAUGGGGUGUCCUGUCUCAAUGUGUUGUAAAAAAAUCUACGCUUUUCCAAAUUAUAAAAUCGCGAAAGAUACGAAGCGAAAACGAACUGAAGUUUCUAAGAAACUAAGAGAUGUAUUUGAAAAAAUGUUGAAAAACAGUAAAAGUAACGAAACUGAAAACAAAGAAGAAAAAGAUAGCUUUGGUAGUUUGAUGUACCUAACUAUUUUUGCAGACCCAAAGUCACACAAGUUUCACAUAGAGUUCAAAGAAGAAACCACACCCGACAUUCUUACCCCUGCGAACACACCGUUAAUAUCACUUGGAUCGUCAUACAGUAGGAUCAAAGACUUAGAAGAUGCUCUGGCGUCCUAUAAAAAACAGCACUGCUGCAAAUUGUAUAAUGCUGUCAAUGAAACUAUACGUCUGCCAUCUUCACCAUUAAUAUACAAGCAGCUGAUUUACAAGUGUUUGUAUGCUGUAAAGGAUAAGGGAAAGAACGGCUCAUUCAAACAAGGCUGUGAAAUGCAUAUUCGUUUUGGUGUUUCGGAUGAUGGCUCUCAGCUAGUUGUUAAAUCCAUGUCAGAAGAGCAUAACCAUGAAAUUAAUGAGGAUAGUGUUGUAAAAGAAGCUUUACACCCAGAGCUGUGUAGUUUUGUAUCAAAACUUGUAUGGAGUGACACUAAUAUUGGUAUAGAUGAUGUUAAAAAACAGCUUGAGAAUUAUGUGUGUAACGAAAUGUUUAAAGGUAAAUCGCCACCACCUCGAACAAGGAGACAAUAUUUUCCUUCUAAAAAACAAAUCAGAUAUUUUAUGACCAAAGCAAAGGCUUCAUUAAAUAUAACACAUGAAGCAGAACUUAAGUUAGCUGCACAAGCUGAGCGUUUAAAAGAAACCCACAGUGAUGAAAAAAUGAUAUUUAACUUUAAAGUAAAACACGAAAUCAAUCCACUGGAUUUAACUGUUGGAAAUGAUGAAAGUGUGAAUGAAGUUGAAGAGUACAUUGGUGGUGACGGGGAAAAUCAACAAGAUAAUGCAAAAGUUUUAUUUUGCCAUCAAACACCACACCAACAACGCCUUUUAAAGCGAUACAGCUCACAAGUAAUUUUAACACAAGUUAGCGACAUUCAUUCUAAAAUCCCAUUUCCACUAUUUUGCCUCUACGUUCAAACAAAUGUCGACUUUCAACUUGUUGGCGAAUUUAUCUUGCAAGCAAACACAACAGAGAUGAUAACAGAAGGUUUACAGACUAUAAAAGAUUGGAACCCUGGAUGGAAUCCAAAAUUUGUCAUUGUGGAUUACACAGAUGAACAAAUCAAUGCAGUGGAAAAUAUAUUCCAAGGUGUAUUUCUUAUAAUAUCUGAUUCAUCUCGCGAACGAGCGUGGGUGGAUUGGUUGAGCGAUGAACAAAAUGGUGUGUCUGAACAUAAGGACGACGUGAUGAACUACCUACAAGCCAUUGCUAAUUCAUACUCAGAGGACACUUUGAACACUGCAGCGAGAGAGUUAGAGGAGAGUGACGUCUGGAAAAUGUCUGAUAAAAUGAGAAACUGGUUUCAACUCCACUGGCUUUCUCAAGCAAAGCGUUGGGUAGCAGGAUAUCGUCCAGAUGAUUAUUUGAUGACGUAUCAUAAUAACCGCACAUUAUACGACGAAAUGAAAAUCUUCAAAAGUAUUAAGUUGGUGAACAAGUCAUCACCACUUCAAGAUGUCAUCCAACAACUGGUUGAACACGUGGUCCCUGUUGCUAAGAAACAGUAUGAACUGUUUAAUCAGGAAUCGUACAAACUACAAAGCCAGCUUUUUUACACGUAUCCAGACAUUCCGAAUUACUUCUCAUGUCGACCUGGUAAACUGACUUCACACAUAUAUGAACGAUUCAAAAUUGCAGCGGAACAUAGCUACGUAAUCUCUUAUCUACAUCCUGGAAUCUUCUCCGUACAAGGCAACUCAGCAGAGGACGAUCUUCUUCAUACUGUGUCGUUUGGCGACUCCAGCAGUUAUCCUUCCUGUGACUGUGCUGAUUGGCAGCAGUAUAAGCUACCGUGUUGUCACCUAUGUGCUGUGUUCAGUAAUUACCCUGGGUGGAGUUGGGAUAUGCUUAGUGUGUCGUAUAAAUCCCAUCCUGUUCUUAAUGUUGAUUGGUCCACGAUGACAUCUGAUGAUGUUAAAGAUGUACCAGGAUUUCGUAUCGACGCUGGGACGCAGACUACUGGGGCGACAUUAUUGGCUGGAACUUCAGAAUUUUCGAAAAUAUCAAGGAUGUCUGAUAGCAAACGGAUAACCGAGACACCGCAGGUUCUCGCAAGUCAAUGUCGUGGUUUGCUACAGCAGUUAUCAAAGUUGCAGUUGGCACAUCAUAGCAGAGAAAACCUUCACCGAUUGAAAGCCGAACUAAAAGAAUUGAUAUCGAUUUUCUCAAGUGCUCCAAAGCAAAAGCAAGUUAUAUCAAGCCCUGGUUUAUCCGGUUCCUAUAUCAUUCAAACAAAAGGUCCCGGCAGACCUAAAAAGGCCAGUCUUCCAGCAUCGCCGUCGGGAUCUGUCUUUGAACAAUAUAAUGUGAAACCAAUAACCCCAAAACAAAUCAUUGAUGGCACCGACAGGAAGGUAUACGCCGUGCGAACCCGUCCACGAAAUACGGAGUUAGUUAUAUCGAAACCACCGGGACCACCAUCUGUAAAACAAACAGGGAGUUUGGUGAACACGGUAUACAUUGUCGAUCCUGGCCAGAUUUUGACGAGUGGUGAUAAGACGACGACAACCGAACAAGUUCUUACCAAAGUCGACGCAGAAUCAAGAAAACGCAUUCAAAGUCCGUCAGUGUUUUUAAAACCGCCGGAAAAACGCGAAAAGCUCGAAACUAACGAAAACGAAAAGCAAGAGAUUCUGGAACGUGCUGUUUCGUUGGAGUUCCCAGAGGAUGGAUCAAAUAACACACUUUUAGUGGACACCGAGUCAACUGUAACUGCGAUUAUUGAAGAUCAGUCAAUCCUAACUGCACCAGCAGCUGUUACUAUGGCGGAUAAUCAAACACAACCAAAUCAAAUACCGUUAUCUGAACCGAUAAACACAGAGACGUUUACCACCACGAAUACAGUGACUGAUGGGACGUUUGAUAAUUCUGGAAAUAUUGAAAUAGAGAUAGGAAAGGACGUGACAGAAAGUGUAGUGAAAUGAUGAUUUAUUUACCCCCUCCUAUAUCUAAUAAGAAGUGUAACCUUUACAAUUCCAUGUACAUAUAGAUGCUUGAUUUCUGAAUAUUUAUGUCUUUCUUUCG